CAGCUCACCUGUGGCUGGCUCCUCUGGUGCAUCUCCUCUACUUCCAAUGGGGCAGAAGCGAAGAUCCAUUUCUCCUCAACAGGGCCGUAAGAAGUCUACUAAAACUAGUGCCUAUGCCACACCAACCGGAGCCACCUAUCAAAAUGAUGGGGCAUCGACAGCAGCUGUUUUCGGUCGCAGGAACUCGAUGGCAGUUGAGCCUAAUCGCACCAAGGGUGUUGCAAUUUUGGCCGAUGGUGAAACUACAGGCAAAAAUAAACGAAAAGCAACCUCUGGCCAGCUGAUGAUGAUCCACAACACGAAAGAAGAACUCAAGUUUUGUAAAGAAGUGCUCAGGGAAGUGAAUAAAAAGGCCUAUGAAAAAUUUGUUUGGCCAUUUUAUGAACCAGUUGAUCCCGUCAAACUUGGUGUUCCUGAAUAUCUGACAAUAAUCAAGAAACCCAUGGACUUAUCUACCAUUAAACAGAAACUCGACCGGGGUGAAUACAAAGCGGGAGCAGCUUUUGCAGCAGACUUCCGUUUGAUGUUGAACAAUUGCUUCACGUUCAAUCCCGUCGGUACACCUGUGUACAAUUUUGGUAAACAAUUGGAGUGUCUCUUCGAACAGAAAUGGCACGAGCGUCCAGCGGACACCAUUGCUGCUCCAGUCCCUGUUCCAGCUCAAGUACCAGUAGCCACCAACAGUACGCAGCCAAUCGGCGACCUAAAUGAGUUGCAGAAGAUUCACCGGGAGAUGCAACGAUUGCAGGAGCGUUUGGAACAGGAGACAGCGAAGAACGAGAUCCUUUCGGCCGGUAUUGCUCCCCUAGCAGCAGGGCCACCGCACAAAAAACAGGCUACCUCGAAAGCUGCCACCGCUGCAAAAAACCUCGCCAACAUCAAUACAACAACGCCUGCCUCCGCAUCCAUCCUGCCAAUGUCUGCAGCCAGGGGUAGCAAAUCCAAUGGACCUAGGGCUAAAGGCCCAGGUGGUCGCAAGAAAUCUAUCCCUGGCUCAGCAGUUCCUGCGAAUGCUAAAAGACCGAUUGCUCAGCAACUACAGGAGCGCGCGCAGAACCACUCAC